ACAAUUCAUAGCAUCAGUUAGUAGUCUAGAAAAAUUAAUCUGAAAUUAUAAAGAAAAAUGACGAGCAGUUUCGAAAUUUUAUGCGGCAUUGCCAUAUUGUUUCUUGCCCUCUAUUACUAUUUCACGUCAACGUUUGAUUUUUGGAAAAGUCGUGGAGUGGUUGGACCGAAACCUAUACCAUUUUUUGGCACUAUGAAGGAUUUGAUAUUGAUUAAAAAAUCGACGGCUCAUUUCAUCAAGGAUAUUUACGAGAAUUACAAAAACGAACCAAUGGUUGGUUUAUACUCGAAAAGAUCGCCUUUUCUUCUCUUAAAUGAUCCAGAACUCAUCAAAGAUAUAUUAAUUAGAGAUUUCUCCAAAUUUGCAAAUCGAGGAUUGGGAGUUUUUGAAAAGACGGAACCAUUAUCACCGCAUCUAUUAAACUUGGAAGUAGAAAGAUGGCGACCAUUGAGAUCCAGGCUCUCCCCAAUAUUCACAUCAGGAAAAUUAAAAGAAAUGUUCUAUCUCAUAAUCGAGUGCUCGCUAAAUUUAGAAACAUAUUUGGACAAGUUAAUCGAAAAAAAUGAACCCAUCGAGUGCCGUGAAUUAACAGCAAGAUUCACGACCGACGUGAUCGGUUCUUGCGCGUUCGGUAUCGAUAUGAGCUCGAUGACGAACGAAAAUAGCGAAUUCCGUAGAAUGGGCAGAGAAGUAUUCGCUGUGAACUUAAUAAACGUUAUGCGGUUGAAGUUGAAACAAUUCAUGCCAAGGUUGUACGAUUUACUCGGUUAUAUAAUGCCUGACCGAACAUUCGCACCAUUCUUUACACGAGUUGUGAUGGAUACAAUAAAGUACAGAAAUGAUAAUAACAUUGUUAGACCAGAUUUCAUCAACAUGUUGAUGGAGCUCAAGAAAAAUCCGCACAAAUUGGAAAAUAUCAAAUUGACGGAUUCACUAAUCGCAGCACAAGCAUUUGUAUUCUUUCUUGCGGGCUUUGAAACUUCAUCGACGACUAUGAGUAAUGCUCUCUAUGAAUUAGCUUUAAAUCAAGAUAUACAGAAAAAGUUACGUGAAGAAAUCAAUACAUUUUGUGCUAAAAAUAAUAAAGAAUUGAAAUAUGAUGACAUCAAAGAAAUGGAAUAUUUAGAUAAAGUAUUUAAAGAAACAUUAAGAAUGUAUCCACCAGCAACAAUUUUAAUGAGAAAAGCAACAUCAGACUAUACAUUCAAUGACACGAAAGUUACGAUACCUAAGGAAACCAAAAUUUGGAUUCCAGCGUUUGCGAUACAUCGAGAUUCGGCUAUUUAUCCGAAUCCUGAUUCAUUUGAUCCUGAAAGAUUCGAUAAAGAUGCAAUGGCUAGUCGACAUCCUAUGCACUAUUUACCUUUUGGCGAUGGACCAAGAAAUUGCAUCGGUGCGCGUUUUGCGGUUUAUCAAACUAAAGUUGGAUUAAUUACCAUUCUUCGUAAUCAUAAAGUAGAAGUUUGCGAAAAGACAAUAAUUCCUUACGAAUUUGAUCCAGGUGCAUUUUUGUUGAGUCCAAAAGGUGGAAUAUAUUUGAAAAUAACAAAAAUACAACAGUGUGAUCAAAUCAAUAUGUUUGAUUAUUUUCAAAUAUUAAUUUCACUCGUUGCGAUUUUUCUCGCUUUGUACUAUUAUUUUACGUCGAAUUUUGAUUUCUGGAAAAAUCGCGGAGUGGUUGGACCCAGACCUAUACCAUUUUUUGGAAAUACAAAGGAUGUUGUAUUAAAAAAAAUUGAAAUAAGCAAUUACAUAACGGAAUUAUAUAAGAGAUAUGAAAAUGAGGCAAUGUUCGGGAUAUUUUUUGGUGGAUCGCCUAAUCUUAUUUUGCGUGAUUUAGAUCUCAUCAAAGAUGUUUUAAUUAAAGAUUUUUCUAUAUUUGACGAACGAGGAUUCAAGAUUUCUGAACGGGCUGAUCCAUUGAAUGCAAAUCUUUUUAAUAUGGAUGCUGCAAGAUGGCGACCAUUAAGAAUAAGAUUGUCACCGGUAUUUACUUCUGGUAAACUGAAGGAAAUGUUUCCCUUGAUAUUAGAAUGCGCCAAACGCUUGGAACAAUGUUUAGAAGAUGUUGUGAAAGAAAAAGGGCCUAUGGAUUGUUUUGAAAUAUCAGCGAGAUACACUACAGAUGUUAUUGGAUGUUGCGCUUUUGGAAUCAACAUGAACGCAUUGUCAAACGAACGUAGUGAAUUUCGCAGAAUAGGAAAAAGAAUUUUUGAUCUAGAUAAAAACAUAUUAAGAUCUUUUCUUCGACAAUUUUUUCCACGAUUCUAUAAUUUACUUGGUUUUGUAAUACCAUAUUCAGAAACAAGCAUAUUUGUGACAAAAUUUAUUUCAGAAAUGAUCAAAUAUAGGGAAGAAAAUAAUGUGGUAAAAGCAGAUUUUGUAAACUUAUUAAUGGAAUUGAAAAAACAUCCGGAAAAAUUGAAGAAUAUUAAAAUAACGGAUAGUUUACUUGCCGCGCAAGCUUUUGUUUUCUUCGCGGCUGGAUUUGAAACGUCAUCAACGACAAUGGCACACGCUCUUUAUGAAAUGGCUCUGAAUCCUAACGUACAAGAUAAAUUACGAAAAGAAAUAAAAGAAUUCCAUGCCAAAAAUAAUGGGAAUGUUACAUACGAAGAAGUUAAGAAAAUGAAAUAUUUGGACAAAGUAUUUAAAGAAACACUUAGAAAAUAUCCACCAGGAGUGUUUUUAAAACGAAAAUGCAACUCUAAUUAUACCUUCAAUGGUACAAAAGUAUCAAUACCUGCUGGAACUUCUGUAAUUAUUCCUGUAUAUUCAAUUCAAACAGAUCCAAAAUUCUAUGAAAAUCCAGAUACAUUUGAUCCUGAAAGAUUUGACGAGGAUGUAGAAGCUGCAAGGCAUCCAAUGACCUAUUUACCAUUUGGUAAUGGACCAAGGAAUUGCAUUGGAAUACGAUUUGCCGUUUAUCAAACAAAAGUUGGACUGAUAAGAAUGCUACAAAAUUUCAAAGUAGAUGUUUGCGAAAAGACAAUGAUUCCUUAUAUAAAGAAGUUAAAUUCAUUUACAUUGGCCCCUAAAGAUGGAAUUUUCUUGACAAUAGAAAAAAUAACUGAUUAUGGAAAAAUACAAAAUAAUUAACAAAAAAAAAAAAUAAAUAUAAAAAUUUGAAAACAUACUUAA